CUCAUGAAGCCCGUUUCAAUCAGUCUGAAGAUGUCGACCGUGUCUGCUGCCUGCGUGGAGCCUGCUGCUGACGCCACCCAGCAGAAGAAGCCGCUCAAACCAUGCUGUGCAUGUCCCGAGACCAAGAAAGUCAGGGAUGCUUGCAUCAUUGAGAAGGGCGAGGAAAGCUGCGCGGUCCUGAUCGAGGCGCACAAAGACUGCAUGCGGGCGCUCGGGUUCAAGAUCUAACAUCGGCCUUUCUAUGUGUUUGUGAUUUCCUGGAGGCAGCCUUCUAACCAGUAAUCCAACCUUCAUUUUGUGUCGAACUGGGCAGUGGAAGUCUGAUCAUGCGGAAUGCCCAUUAGGAAGAAAUCCUGCCCAUUCCAUGUCUUGACUAUUGAAUCUGGUCUUUACAAAAGGAAAGCUAGGGAUGGAACCAGAAGCUCCCGUUUGCUUUCCUCUAUGGGUGACGCACAGCUGCCUAAUUCGUCCUGACUACUAAAGGCCGGCCUGUAUCGACUCCCCCUGGUGUGUGAAAGGGAAUCCGCCCUUUACUGAGCCCUCCACACGCCAAAGUUAAUCAAUUUAACCUUAAAUAUUCACAGUAAUGAAGUCAUUUGUAAUUCCCCAUUUAGUUUUAUUACCUCAUUUUCCUCUUGCUGGGUCAAAUGCAUCUCUUGGCUAUUGCUGAUUGGAUCUCGUUCAGCAGCGGACCAGAACACCAUGUAAUGAGGUGGGGGUGGAGGGUAGCUAGCGGUUAACGGGCCUGCGUGACUACGCAUGCAACGUAUCUGUGCACAUUUCAGCGGCUCCACUGGCCGCCUGGCAUCGCCUGAAUGUUCACUAGUGCUCGUAAAAAGCAGAAAUCUUUAGGCCGUACGUGGGAAAGUAUUUUUAGGUACCUCUGUAAAUCAACAUGUUCCAUUUGAUCUUUGCUCUGUUUUAUUAAUUGGCACACGGUCUCCUGGGUUUAUGCUUUUUUUUUUUUUUUUUUUUUAUAA